ACAAGGCUGAUUUGCCUGGGGUACGUCCUUUACAUCCGUGUGGACACUCACAGGGAGGGAACGCCUUUUCCCUCCUCUCAACCUUUCCAGAGUAGACAGAAGCUGCUGUGAGCUCAGCUCUGAGGGGAGGCGCUCAGCUCAAAGCAGGGUUGAGCUGUCUGCGGCUCGGCUGUUCUGACAGCAAGAGAGAAAUAUCACCUUCCUGGACUGGGAGGCCAGAGAGUUUUCCUCCCUUCUGGUGCCGCCUUCAGUGUUUUCACGGAUUGCUGGGUUGCUCUGGGUGGGACAGUCUUUUGCCUAUGAGGAGUUGACUGUGCGGGAGUCCCUUGGGAAGGUGCAGCAAGAACUGCAUUUGGUCACCGGACACCAAAUCCACAGGAAAGAACAGCUGCAAGCACUGGUACAUCCAGGUCAGCACGUUCAAGGUCAGCACUAUGACUGAUGGGGACUAUGACUACCUAAUCAAACUCCUGGCCCUCGGGGAUUCUGGGGUUGGGAAGACAACUUUUUUGUAUAGAUACACAGACAACAAGUUCAACCCAAAGUUCAUCACCACAGUAGGAAUCGACUUCCGGGAAAAACGUGUGGUGUACAAUAGCAGAGGGUCCAAUGGAUCUCCUGGGAAAGCCUUUAAGGUUCAUCUGCAAUUGUGGGACACAGCUGGGCAAGAAAGAUUCAGAAGUCUCACGACAGCGUUUUUCAGAGAUGCCAUGGGCUUCUUGUUAAUGUUUGAUCUCACCAGUCAACAGAGCUUCUUAAAUGUCAGAAACUGGAUGAGUCAAUUACAAGCAAAUGCAUACUGUGAGAACCCAGAUAUAGUAUUAAUUGGAAAUAAAGCUGACCUGUCAGAUCAGAGGGAAGUCAAUGAGAGACAAGCAAAAGAUCUUGCAGACAAAUAUGGCAUCCCAUACUUUGAAACGAGCGCAGCUACUGGCCAAAAUGUGGACAAGGCAGUGGAGACACUCUUGGACUUGAUAAUGAAGCGCAUGGAGCAAUGUGUGGACAAGACUCAAGUAUCUGAGACUGCCAACGGGGGAAAUUCGGGGAAGCUGGAUUCAGCAAAAUCAGAGAAGAAAUGUGCUUGUUGAUUUGUCCCUGUGACUGAAGAGAGUGUGUGAGAAAAUGUCCAAUCAGCAAAUGGCAGACCAAUCGCUAAAUUCGACUCUGGAAGCUCUUCUGGGCCAAGUGCGGCUGCUGCUGUUAUCUUAAAGCAAGCCUGACUUCAGAUGUUGAGAGAUUCAUGACUCUGUAUUUGCACAGAAUGCUCCCAGUUACAAUGCCAUCUUCACUGAAAAUCUAAAGGCUCUCAUUUUCUCAAUUACAAUUAGGCUACUAGAGGAAAGAUUUAUAUUUGGGAGAAGAUUGUUGAAAAGUUAGGAGAUGACUCUACAAUAAGCCAAGGGGACACCCUUGUAGGCCUGUGCCAUCUCUUCUGAUCCAGUUGCCUUCUAUUACAAUGUACAUUAUGCAUUUGCUAAGGUCAGUUCAUAAAAAGCAAACAGAUAUUGAGUCUGGCUUGUUCUAAAUGUAUUUUUUUAAUGCAAAGUUAACAUUGCUGUUGCAUUCCAUUGAACGAAUUCUUGAUGAGCUUAGAGCAUGAAGAAAAUAGUGGGAUCUUCUUCCAAAAUAAAAUCAGGGAAUUGUGUGAUCUUACUAUGAGAUAAUCAAGGUAAGAUUGGUGGGAUCUGGACUAGAGGAAGAAAGAGGUGGCCAGAAAUUCCAGGACUACAUUGGAAGGUAGCAGGCAUAUCAUAGGGCAAAUAAUUUUGGCUCUAAACUAAAAGGUUACUUGCCCUUCAGAACACAGGCCAGAAGGUGGGCUAUCUUUCCCCCAAGAGUAAACCUCUCAAAGAACUCCAAAAGGUUGGUGAGGCAAGAUUUACCUUUGUAGAAGCCAUGCUGGUUCUCCUUCAGCAAGGCCUGUUCUUCUAUAUGCUUAACAAUUUUAUCUUUGAGUAUGCUUUCCAUCAGUUUGCCCGGCCCAGAUGUUAACCUAACUGGCCUGUGAUUUCCCGGAUCCCCCGGGUCCCUUUUUGAAAAUUGGUGUUACACUGGCUACUUUCCAGUCCUCUGGUACAGAGCCUGACUGUGGGGAUAAGUUACAUAUUUUUGCAAGGAGGUCAGCAAGUUCACAUUUGAGUUCUUUAAGGACUCUUGGAUGGAUGCCGUCUGGCCCUGGCAAUCUGUUAAUUUUUUAUUUUUCCAUACAGUUUCGAACGUCAUCUCUCAUCUCCUCUCUCUGACUCUUCUUUAGCCUCUGUCCCUGAGAAGCCCAGUUCAGGCACAGGUAUGUGCUCAGUAUCCUCUGCUGUUAAGACAGGUGCAAAUAACUCGUUUAGCUUCUCUGCAAUCUUCAUAUCCUCCUUAACAAUCCCUUUCACUCCCUCAUCAUCCAAUGGACCAACUGCCUUCCUGGCAAGUUUCCUACUUCUGAUGUAUUUAAAAAAGCUUUUUUUAUUCCCCUUGAUGCUUUUAGCUAAAUGUUCCUCAAACUUUUUCUCCUCCCUUAUUGUCUCCUUGCAUUUCUUUUGCCAGAGUUCAUGUUCCUUUCUGUUCUCUUCAUUUGGGUAGGCCUUCCAAUUUCUGAAGGAAUUUUUGUUACCCUUUAUAGCUCCCUUGACUUUACUAAUGCUGGCAUCCCUCUCGAGUUGGUGGUACCUGUCCUCCUUUUUGGUAUACCUUCUAAGAGGGCUUCUAUUAUUGUGGUUUUAAAUAAACUCCAUGCAUUCUGGGGUGAAGUGACACUCUUUAUUUUCCCUUUUGGUUUUCUUUUCACCAAACUCCUCAUUUUAGAGAAGUUUCCUCUUCUGAAGUUCAAAGUGUCUGUGUUAGACUUCCUUGGUGAUUCUCUCCUGAAAUAUAUGAUGAAUUUGAUCACACUAUGAUCCCUGCUCCUUAAAGGUUCCACAACACUGCCAUCUCACACCAAGUCCUGGGCACCACUGAGGAUUAAGUCCAAGAUCGCUUUCUCUCUGGUUGGUUCCAUGACCAACUCUUCUAGGGUAUAGUCAUUCAUCGUAUAGAAAUUCAGCCUCUUUGUCAUGACUUGAAUGUGAAUUCACGCAGUCCAUGUGUGGGUAAUUGAAGUCACCCAUUAUUACAGCUCUGUCUCUCUUUGAUGCCUCCCUGAUUUCUUUCUGCAAUUCCCAAUCACUGUCAGCAUUUUGAUCAGGAGGGUGAUAGCAUGUUGCUAGUCACACAUUUCUUUUCAGGCCUUGUAUUGUUACCCACAGACUUUAUGUGGAGGACUCUGUUCAUUUUAGAUUUUCUAAUUUGUUAGAUUACAACCCUUCUUUAACAUACAGUGCUACUCCACCCGCAAUUCGCCCGUCCCUGUCCUUUCUAUAGAGGAAUCCAGUUCACAUAGUAUUCCUGGACUUUCAAAAAGCUUUUGACAAAGUUUCUCAUCAAAGAUGCUUGAGAAAACUUAGCAGGCAUGUGAUAAGGCGACAGGUUCAUGUGUGAAUUGAUAACUGGUUGAAGGACAGGAAACAGAGCAUAGGUUUAAAUGGAGAGCUCUAAAUAGAGGGAAGUAAGAAGUGGGAUCUAUUCUUGAACCAGUGCUUUUUAAAUUUAUUCAUAAAUAAUCUAGAAGUUGGAGUAAGCAGCAAGGUGGCCAAAUUCGCAGAUGACACCCAACUGUUUCGUGUACUGAAAUGCAAAACAGAUUCCAAGGAGCUCCAAAAGGAUCUCUCCAGAUUAGCAACAAAAUUGCAAAUGCGGUUGAAUGUUAGCAACUGUAAAGUGAUGCAUACUGGGGCAAAAAAAACCCCUCAACUUUGCAUAUACACUGAUGGGUUCUGAGCUGUCAGUGACUGAACAGGAGAUAAAUCUUGGGGUGGUGGUGGACAGCUCAUUGAAAGUGUUGACUCAAUGUGCAGCAGCUGUGAAAAAGGCCAAUUCCAUGCUAGGAAUGAUUUGGAAGGGGGUUGAAAAUAAAACUGCUAAUAUUAUAAUGCCAUUAUUUAAAAAAACUAUGGUGCAGCCACAUUUGGAGUACUGCGUACAGUUCUGGUCACCAUACCUUAAGAAGGACAUUGUAGAACUGGAAAAGGUGUUAAGAGGGCAGCCAAGGUAAUCAGGGGCCUAGAGCACCUUCCUUACAAGUAAGGCUACAAUACCUGGAGCUUUUUAGUUUAGUAAAAAGACGACUAAGGGGAGACAUAAUAGAGAGCUAUAAAAUUAUGCAUGGUGUGGAGAGAGAAAGUUUUCUCCCUGUCACACAUCACUAGUACCAGCGGUCCUCCCAUGAAACUGAUUACCAAGAAAUUUAGGACUGACAAAAGGAAGUACUUUUUCACACAAUGUACAAUCAACUUGUGGAAUUCUCUGCCACAAUAUGUGGUGACAGCCACCAACCUGGGUGGCUUUAAACAGGGUUUAGAGAAAUUCAUGGAAGACAAGUCUGUCAAUGGCUGUGAGUCUGAGGGCUAUAGGCCACUUCCAGCCUAAAAGGCAAGAUGCCUCUAAAUACCAGUUGCAGGGGAGCAACAGCAGGAGAGAGGGCAUGCCCUCAGCUCCUGCCUGUGGGCUUCCCAGAGGCAUCUGGUGGGUCACUGUGUGAAACAGGAUGCUGGACUAGAUAGGCCUUGGGCUUGAUCCAGCAGAACUGUUCUUAUGUUCUAGUACACACAAGGGAUUGAUAAAUAUUUUCUCAGGUGGCUUGAGAAUUGUGAUGGGUUUUGUGGACUUCCUUUUCUUUAGGGAGAAAAUGCAGGGCAUUCACUGAGAUUUUUUAACAUAAUCAUCUUGUGGUGAUAUUUACAAGUGAAUCGCUUCAUAAAUGUGCUGUGCUGGUUUGGCAAAUGGGACACCAAAAGCAAAACCUUGAUUUUAAACUGAAAUAUAUAUGGCUGGUGCCUUGAAACAUUAAAAAAAGGGGAGCAGAUGCCGAAGCGCCAGGGGAGGAUUCUGUUUGUGCAGCUGCCAAUUAGAGGUGUGAAUACCUUACAUCCAAAUGUGACCAAUCUACUAAAAUGUGUCUUCUGCAAUAAAAGCAGCCACGCCCCCCUUCUCGCCACCAUUUCUACAUGAUGACACUAAAAAGGGUCCUUUGGCAAGGCCACAGGGCAAUAUGGCUGGCUACAGUGGGCAGUUGCUCCAUCAGUGAGGGCAGCCCAGGAAAGAUAUUGAAAGAAAUGGUACAAAAGCACCAUGUCAUCCUUAUUGCCACCGUUGUCUUGACUAGGCUGGCCCAGGGCUUAUUCUGGAUUAAUGCAGACUAUAAAUGCACGGUCUUGUGUAUGCUCAGGAAGGCCAUGCUGUCCCUCUGUAACACGGCUAUGGAGGCUGACAACACUUUUGGAGAGUUGCAAUGAGAUUAAAAAAACCAACAACAUUGGCACGUGACAUGGCUUUCAUAAAUUUCCUGGGUGGUGUGUGUGUGCUUUCUCUCUCGACCUCCCCAAUGUUGUCCCUUGCUCCCGAAAGGGGUCUAACGAUGCCCUCUUAACCAGGAGCCUCUGUCCCCCACUCAUGAAGCCAUGCCUGCAGGACAACAUGAGCCGGUGCUUGUCUGUGGUAAAAGGCUGUGCUGAAAAUCUCCACAAGGAGGCGAGAAACGUGUGCUGGCAAAGUGGUAGCUGCUGGGAUGUUGUGAGCAGGAGACUGUGGGAGCACAAGUGGUUUGACCUGCGGUCGGACGGGAUGUUUCUUGUGAUUUCACAAAACCUUCUGAUUUUUUGCAAGUUCUGCUCUGGAAUGGGGCAUUGCCUCUGAGAGAGCCAGCUAGUCCCAUUCAGAACAUCCAUUCCUCACCCAGGGUGUGGGCUGGUGAUGGUUCUGUUAGAGCAUCCUGCUCCCAAGGGUGAAUCAGCGUGCCUUCCCUUAGGAUCCCUCUAUCUCUUAGGAAAGCCCGUGUUCCACACCUAAAGAGGUUCAGGCUUCACUGAGUGUAAAAUCCCUAUAAAUGGAAACAUUUGCUCCAGAGGGAGCCUGUGUGUUCUUAAUGUUUACAAACUCUUGAGUCUUGUUAAUAAGCUGCUAUUUUUUUUUUUAAGGCAACAUCUUUUUCUCUGCCAAAGGUUGCCUCUUGGCUGCCAGAGUUGGUUUCCUCAGUGCAACAGAAGCCACUUGUAUUUUAAUAUAGUUCUGCCUGAUAGGAAAGGAGGAAGAGACUGUUCACUUGGAUUCAGAAAGUGUGUGUUUGGGGUUUUUUUUAAUGGUACGGCUUGAUUUUGUGUGUUCAGUUUCCUUUUAAGAGAAUAGGGGCUUCUUGAUCCUUUUGGUGGGCUCUGUUGUCUCCUGUAUGGUUCUGAGUUAUAAGAUUUCCUAUCCAAAACCUACUGCCAAAGGGAUCUUCCACUGGCUUUCUUCUCAAAGAGAAGUCGCCUGUUGUGGACACCUUCUCACAACCCCCAACACAUCUGUGCUCCUUUUUCUUGAAUACCAGUAGGUCCACAAUCUUCACAUGCACAGAGUACUUCCUGGUAUUGAACAGGAUGGAGUAGCCAGCUGCUGAUGGGGCUCAGUUUGUCUACACUGGAGCCAUAGGAUUGAGAUGAUUUGCAAAUAACAUUGUAUUUCCAGAUUGUGCACACCUCUUAGCAUGCACGAGUGAGCACAGUGUUGAUCCAUUAUAAUUAUCAGCCAUCUUGAAACCAAUUUAAACUGACUACAUACAAGCUCUAUGCUAAUGCACUACAGAGCACUGAAAUUCACUGACUCGCAACAUGAGGUUGUUGUGAUCACCACAUGAGGUUUGCAGUGGUGUUUGUCUUGAUUCAUUUAAUAUCUUGUCUCCCUCCCUAUCUCAUCAGAACCAAAAAUGAAGGGGAACGAGGAUGACCUCAAGUGUCCUCUGUGUAAGAGAGAUCUUGCCAUCGCAAAUUUGUCCAAUCAUUGCUGGGGUAAUCGAAAAGCAGCCUUGAGAAUAAAAGGCGCUUUUGCAAUGUCAAGCUUUUGUUCUGAUCUGUAUAAAGUUGUGGUUACUACAGAGUCCUAUGAAAUAUGUGGUGAAUAUUUGCAGCAAAAUGUAGCUUGUGUAUGUGUGUGAGAGAGAAGCAUAUUCCAUCACAUUGGUUCACCCAGAUGAGUUGAUGUAUCUCAGCAAAACUGCCUAGAGAUGUAUAUAUCGGGAGUAUAAAAAUAUGAUGGAUGAAUGAAUGAAUAAAUAAAUAAACAAAUAAAUAAUUUCCCUGGGGCUUUGCAAAUCAGUUUGUGAAACCAUCUUACAAGAUUUUGGACAUGCUUUUACCAAAGGGCACUAGUCGUAUAGAUUGGGUACGGAAGCAGGUGAUUGCUUUAUGGAAAGGGGUGAAUGUUAUUUGCCUUUGCUUUUUGCAGGCAAAAUAAUCAUCGUAGGUUGUUCAUUUCAGCAAGGAAGGGGAACACUAUGGCACAGUGACUUCAAAGAACAAAGCUAUACUGUAUUUUUGAAAUGUGAAUGGAGAGGAUAGCCUUUUGCUGCUGUUGCCAACUUCUUCUUUAAAAUAACUAUAUGCAAUGAGAUUGGCUUUCUCUUGAGAACAUUCUUGAGCCAGAUUUUGGGAUGCGGUUGGAGGCAAAACAAGCUUACAAUUUUUGAUGGUUCACUUCCCCUCUUGCUUCUCUCACAGAGGAAUCUUCCCCUCCAAACAGGGGCGUAACAAGGUUGGAGUGGGUCCAGACAAGAUUUUAAAAUCCCCCCCGCCCGAAGCUCAGCUCAUGAAGUAAAAAAAUCUUAAAUGAGGCUGAAUAGUGGUAACAAAAAGCAUAGUGUGCGGCUGGGGGAGUCAGUCAUGUGUCAUGCCUUUGGGGGCCCCUCCAAAGCAGUGGGCCCCCAGACAACUGUCUCCCCUUGCCCUAUUAUAGUUACGCCCCUGCCUCCAAAGGUCCCCUGGGUAGUGGUGUUUCCAGGCGCAUUCUGGUGAAUAGAAAUGGGAGGACUGUGGCUGCUAUCAAUAAGCCCCCUCUUAUACCUUGCAUCCCACUCUUCAGGCUUUCCAAAAUGCACCGCCAACUUCACCAUCUCCAAAUGGGGCCCCAGGAAUAUUCAGACUAAUUGUUUAGCUUGGGUUUUUCCCCUUUAAUUGCCUCCCCAGUGAGCGAGUCGUAGUUUGGUUAAAUUAUACAGAGUGAACAUGGAAAGAGAACCCAGGGCACUUUUUCAUGGCUUCAGUACAAUUCCACCACAUUGGAGAUUCUGCAUGUGCAGACCAACUGCAGAAGCUUCUACAGCUUCACUCUUAGAGCAUGAGACCUGAGCAGCAGUCUCCCUCUCUUCCUGGGUAAAGAUGUUUUCCUGCCUUUUGACUGGUGUCAGUAUUUUGUUAGGUGUUUCUGCCCUCCUCUGAGAUCGUUUGAACUGAGCGGUGUGUGUAGUUGUUACAAAAGUGGAAUAAGAAAAGGCUGGAAUUAUCCUAGGGAGAAGAGAGUUAUAACUGGGACUGUGGGAGAUGUGAGGAGUCUUAUUUCAGUGGGGUCAGUAUUGUACCUAGAGAUUUUCAUACAAAUAAAGCAGGAGGUGUGUGUCUGUAGGACUCGGCAAGGACCCACACACAGAGACAGAUCGGCUUUUCCCGUUUUGUUUAAUGAAUGGGAUAAGACCAGGCUAUACGAGUGUUUUUCUUUCAAAGCAGUACAGAUAUUCUUGCACUGUAUUUUCUUGUUCAGGGUACAGCAAGUGGCAACCUCUUAGGGUUCAUGCUUAAUUUCAUGCUAUGAUUCAACUUAAAACAGAUCCUUUAUGAACUGCAACUCUCCUAUGAUUCCCUCCGCAAUCAGGCUUUCAUUGUACAUACUAUAAUUCAAGGUACCUAAUGUAUCUUGCCCAAAUAUAUUUAUUGAGAUUAUCCUUUUAGAGCUUUCUAUCCCUUUUGUUUUUCUGAUUUAACACUAACGACCCCUCCUAGUUGAUCAAUUGCUUUCCCCCUCUGUUAGUAUGUGCCUUCUGUUCAAUUACCCUGAGCAUGUUUUAUGUUAAUGCAGCAAAUCUGUACAUGUUGGAGAUUUUACACUCUUGAACGUGGAAGUUUCUAUUCUAUGUCUCUUGAUAGACUGUGAUGCCAGCUUAACAAUGUCAUUAAUUUGUUGUACCAAAGUACCUGUGGCUUUAAAACUAUAUAUAAUUGUCAAAUUUUAUUCACUGGUGUCUGGGUUUGUAUAAUAUGGUCAAGGAAUGUAAUCCUGUGAUUUCAUUUCUGCACUGUUCUUUUGAAAAUUAGAGAAUACAUUUUUAAUCAGU